GUUUGCAUCCCUGCGCAGAUUUUCAUUUGUAUUGAAACUGACAGCUUGUGUCACCGGCAGAUUUCUUUUAAAAGUGUAAAAACACACAUCUAAGCGCGAACAACAGUUAAAAUGGCAGAUCCGAGGAUAAGAACAAUCAAAAUUAAAACAGGUGUAGCGAGAAGGUUAGCAAAGGAAAAAACUGUCUAUGAACUAGAAGCAGAGCAGCAAAAAGUAAGGAUCGAGAAGUACAAACAGGAGGGCCGUGACGAGCACGAUAUCCGCAAGCAGGAGGAAGUCUUGCAAGAAUCUUUGAUGAUGGUUCCCGAUUGUCAAAGACGUCUCCAAGUUGCUUUCAACGAUUUGACGAAGAUUUUGGAUACUGAAAUGGAUUUAGCUGAACACGAGGAUUACAAAAAUGCGCAGAAAAUACUGAAGGAGGCCAAGUUACAGCUGCCAGGUUGA